CUCUCUAGAAGGAGAGGAGGAGCAUCUCCCAGAGCCUGUGUGCGUUAGAAAAGCCGGCAUCCCUGGCCACCUCAGGCCGGGGAGAUGAGACCCUGAUGAAUCUCUGCUCCCUUCUGGCUGGAGCCACAACUCCCUCCAUCUCGGGGCAGGGCUACCACGUCCUCCUCCAUAGGGGUGCAGGCAGCUUCUCCCAGCCACCCUCCUCCCCAGUUCCCAUCAUCUGGCCCCUCUCCACCAACCUCUUCUUUCCACACUGCCCCCCGAGUUCAGGGAAUUUCCCCAGCAUCCCAAAGCUUGAGUUUCCUGUCAGGCGGAAGGGAUGAGUGCAAAUAAAAGGAGUGCGGAAGGCAGGAGGAAGACACAGUGCUCCGGAUCCCCCAAUCUCUGCGCCUCCAGGAACUCGCGCCCCCUCGCAGCGCUCUCUUGACCGCUAUGAGCCUCCAGUCCAGCCGCGCGGCCCGUCUCCCCGGUCCUUCGGGCUCCUUGUGCGCGCCGCUGGCGCUGCUGCUGCUGCUGCUGACAGCGCCUGGGCCCCUCGCCAGCGCUGGUCCUGUCGCUGCUGUGUUGAGAGAGCUGCGCUGCAUUUGUUUACACACUACGCAGCGAGUUCCCCCCAAAAUGAUCAGUAAUCUGCAGGUGUUCGUCCCAGGCCCGCAGUGCUCCAUCGUGGAAGUGAUAGCCUCCAUGAAGAACGGGGAGGAAGUUUGUCUUGAUCCAGAAGCCCCUUUUCUAAAGAAAGUCAUCCAGAAAAUUUUGGACGGUGGAAACAGGAAAAUUGAUUAAGAGAAAUGAGCACGCAUGGAAAAAUUGCCCAGUCUUCAGCAGAGCAGUUUUCUGGAGGUCUCUGGACCCAGGGAAGAUGAGAAGGAAGGUUUUUUUUUUUUUUUUUUCUUUUUUUCCAGUAGUUAGCUGUCUUCCUAGAUUCCUCACUUUGAAGAGUGUGAGGAAAACCUAUGUUUGUCCCUUAAGCUUUCAGCUCAGCUAAUGAAGUGUUUAGCAUAGUACCUCAGCUAUUUGCUGCUAUUUUAUCCGCUAUGCUAUUGAAGUUUUUGGCAAUUGACCAUAGUGUGAGCCAAAAAUCACUGGCUGUUAAUCUUUUAAAGUGUCUUGUAUUGAAGUUGACUAUUAUAUUUCCAAGAAAUAUUCCUUAAACUGUUAACUGAGAAGGCUGUGGAUUUAAUAUGGAAAUGAUGUUUCAUAAGAAUUCUGUUGAUGGAGAUUCACUGUUAUCUUUAUCUCAUUUUAAGAAAUAGGAAAUAUUUUAAUGUUUCUUGGGGAAUAUGUUAGAGAAUUUCCUUAUUCUUGAUCGUGGAUAUUAUUUAAUUACUUUGCAUUAGAAAGUUGAGUAUAUCAUACCUUAUCUGUGUAGAAUAUAUUUCCUUAUUCAAAAUUUCUAAAAGUUUAAGCUAUAUGAGGACUAAUAUUUUCUCUAUAUAUAAUUUUAGACAUUUCAUACCUUCUUAGUAUGGCAAAAUGCCAUCAUUUACUUUUAAAUUUUGACUUUAUAUGCUAUUUAUUAACUAUUUGGUUAGCAGUACUAUAAUACUGGUAACUAAAUAUAUAUUUCAGAUAGAUGAAGAAGCUAGAAAAAAGGCAAAUUCCUGACUACCAGUUUAUACAGAAAUGCAUUCUUUUAGUUUUUAAAGUAAAGGCAAACUUAACAAUGACCUGUACUCUGAAAGUUUUGAAAACGUAUUCAAACAGUUUGAAUAUAAAUUUAUCACUUAAUUCAAAAAAUAUAUAGCAACAUCUCGAGGCCCUAGCAUUUCUCCUUGGAUAGGGGACCAGAGGGGGCUUGGAAUGCUGCAAAAAAAACAAGGAAAAGUCACCCAAGGGAUGUCAGCUUUUUAUCCCUCUGCAUGGCUUGAUUUUCCAAAACCAUAAUUUGCAGAAGGCCAUAAUAUAAGGCGGCCACACAGGGGCGAGGUCCCUCCCUGCUCACAGGUUUGGCCCCUUUCACAGAGUAGAACCUGGGUUAGAGGAUCGCAGAAGAUGAGGGGAAGGGCAGGAAAGAUGCCUGUUGGGUUUUUAGCACAGUUAAUUUCAUUGGGAUUUUGAAGCAUUUCUGUCUGAACUCAAAGGCUGUUCUAGUCUUGGUGGGACAUACUAUGGGUGGGGCAGAGAAAGAUACUGUAAUGAAACCAGUUAGUCAAUGUUGUCUUAAAUAUCGCUGCCAAUUCUGCAAAGUUCCUUUUUAUGAACAUUUCUGUUUAAGCUAUUUCACCUUUGUUUUGAAAUCCUUUCCUUCUAAGUAGAAAAUGUGAAGCUUGUGUAAAAGCUUAUAAGAAAGCCCCUCUCAUUUUUUUCUUUAAAGCUUUAAAUGACAAAUCUAAGUAAUUAAGGUUGUGAAUUCCUAUUUUUGCUUUGUUUUUAAUGAAAAUAAAAUUUUCAGAAUAAGAUUGUGUGAUAAUAUUUAAAUGGCCAAAAUAAAACAUGAUUUUGUGCAAUUAACAAAGCUACUGCAAGAAAAAUAAAACACUUAUUGGUAAAAAAAAAUACAUAUUUAUAUGUUAUAUAUAAUAUAUAUGUAUUAAACAUAUAGCAUUGCUAAGAUUUUUAGAUGUCUUUUUUGUAUCUUUUAAAGGUUUUGACCUUUUUAUGAGGAAUUAUGUAUGUAUUAUAUUCACUAUAUUAAAAUUGUACUUUUUUACUAUGUGUCUUAUUGGUUCAUAGUCUUUAUUUUGUCCUUUGAAAAAACAAUAAAAGAUUUCUGAACUUCA